UGUGGGAAGGUUUGGCCUUUUUAUAGGGGGGUAGUGAAAAGCAAAGUAGUGCAGAGGGGAAAGACUUGUUGGGUUAGAGUCUUGUCUUUGAACAAUCCACCCCUCUUUGGUUUUUGCUGGCUGGGGGUGGUAAUUUGGCUUUAGUGUACUUUCAUGUGGCCAUGGGAGCAUCUGUGCAAUUCCUCCUGUUUGUCUUUCUCUUCACUCAAUGUGCCCACUCAGGUGCAGGAACAGACCAGCUGAGUGGUGCAGAAGAAUUGCUGUCAUCCCAUCAGGGGACGAGCCAGAAUGCUGAAGAUCCAUCUGUCUCUGAACCAUCUAGCCUGGGGAUACGAGACCCUGGAUUGAAAUGUGGAGUUCGUCCUGUUGACUUGGAGAACCAGAAAAGUUUCCUGCUGUCUGGAUUCUUUUCUAGAAUUGUUGGAGGCAGAAAUUCAGUGGCUGGGGGGCAACCUUGGCAGGUAUCUCUCAAGUUGGGUCGUUUCCACUUCUGUGGUGGCAGUUUAAUACAAGAAGAUGUGGUUGUAACUGCGGCUCACUGCGUAUUCACCCUUGAGCAGAAACUAGUGAAGAAUCUCAUUGUGACUGUUGGAGAACAUAACCUCAGAAAGGCAGACGAGCAAGAACAGAACAUUCCUGUCUCACAAGUCAUUGUUCACCCUGACUUCAACGGACUUGGCUACAUGCAUUCUGAUAUCGCUCUGCUAUAUCUGAAAUACAGAGUAAAGUACGGGCAUAGGGUUCAGCCAAUCUGCCUUCCCCACAAAGAUGAUAAAUUUGAGGCCGGGACUCUUUGUGUUGCUAGUGGCUGGGGCAGGGUGUCUGAGGCUGGUGAACUAUCUAAUGUUCUACAGGAGGUGGAGCUCCCCAUCAUUGAUAGGGGAACCUGCAGUGCCCUGUUAAAGCAAAUGAAUCUGCCUCCAGUAGCAAGCUCCAUGCUAUGUGCUGGCUUUCCUGAUGGUGGGCAGGAUGCGUGCAAGGGUGAUUCUGGAGGUCCCCUCGUGUGUAGAAGAGCCAGUGGCAUCUGGACUCUGGCCGGUGUCACAUCAUGGGGAGUUGGCUGUGCAAGAGGCUGGGAUGUCCUUGAGAAAAGCAUCAACAAAAGGGGUUCCCCCGGCGUCUUUUCCAGUGUAGCUGAACUGAUGGACUUCAUCACACAGAACAUUAUCCCCGCUGCAGAGCCAGAUCGCCUUCCCUCGCACUUUCCUGAAGGAUGCAGCUCCCAUGGAAUGCUGGUCUUUGGAGAAAGUGGCCGCAUUCAGUAUCCCCAACCCAGUGAGAGUAACUACCUAGAAAACAGCCUAUGCGUGUGGAAUAUAAUUGUGCCAGAAGACAAGAUUAUAUUAAUACAGUUCACCAGGUUAGACAUAGAGAGCCAGAUCACAUGUGACCAUGACUACGUGUCCUUGUAUUCGGACAAAAGAGAGCUAAUUGGUAAAAUCUGUGGGGAUGUGUUACCAGCCCCGCUGCUGAUAGACUCUAACCGAGCAAUGGUUACUCUCGUUUCUGAUGGAAGCAACACCGGCAGUGGCUUUGAAUUCACCUUCACAGCUAUACAUAAGGAAUCAGAAGCAGGUUCUGGUUGUGGAAGUGUUGCAGUGCUGGUGGAAGAGGGAAAGAUUGAUACUGCUAAUUACCCUGGCUUGUAUCCCAGUAACGUGAAGUGCCAUUGGUUCAUUGAAGCCCCGGUAGAGAAUGUCAUAAAGCUGGAGUUUGAAGACUUUGCUGUUGAAUUCAGCGCGGGCUGUAUCUAUGAUGCAGUUGUCAUUUACAGUGACACGGAAGAUGAGCACCAGCUAGCCAAUCUGUGUGGGUUCUCAAUCCCCAGCCCAAUUCUGAGCCCUGGCAAUGAAAUGUUAAUACAUUUUGAAAGCGAUGGGGAGAACAAUUUCAGAGGAUUUAAGGCCAGAUUCACCUUUGUUCCUUCAGCAGAAGAAGCUGAAUCAGUAGUUGCAGAACCAAUUGUUCUACAGACGGCCACUCCAAAGAACAUCCCUUUAGAUGUCUGUGGCUUUCCCCCAUUUAGUCCCCAGUGGCUGUCCGGACGUGUUGUUGGGGGAGAAGAAGCAUGUCCCCAUUGCUGGCCUUGGCAGGCAGGCUUGCAAUUCUUAGGUGACCAUCAGUGUGGCGGUGUCAUCAUCAGUCCAACAUGGGUACUCACAGCAGCCCACUGUAUACAGUCAACAAACAGACCACUGCAUUGGACUGUCAUCGUGGGAGACCAUGAUAGAACCCUGAAGGAGUCAACAGAACAGGUGAGAAGGGUGAAAACUAUUGUGGUGCACCCUGACUUUGAUACAGUGAGCUAUGACUCAGAUAUUGCCCUGAUCCAACUGGAUGUCCCUCUGGAGUUUAACACUGUUGUGAGGCCAGUAUGUUUGCCCAGCAGCACGCAACCGUUAUCUUCCUCUGUUCUGUGCACCAUGACUGGCUGGGGGAGCACCCGAGAAGCAGAUGGAAGCCUCGCUAGUCGAUUGCAGCAGACACAAGUACCCAUACUUGAGAGUGAAGUCUGUGAGAAAAAUUACUAUUUUAAUCACCCUGGAGGGAUCACAGCUAGGAUGCUUUGUGCUGGGUUUGCUUCUUCUGGAGGGCAGGAUUCCUGCCAGGGUGAUUCUGGUGGCCCGUUGGUUUGCCAUCAUGAAAAAGAGCCAUUUAUUCUUUAUGGCAUCAUCAGCUGGGGUGUUGGUUGUGCCAGGCCAAAGAAACCAGGAGUUUAUACAAGGGUGAGGGUCUUCCUGGACUGGAUCAAAUCCACAAUAAGAGAGAUUGAACCAAAUGCGCUUCAGGUAAGUAAGAAUGGACAUGAAACCUUAACACAGACACCAAUGAAACGGCCUACAAAGCUAACAGGAGCUGCUUACAGACAAGAAUGUCCAUUGGAAGUGGAGUUAACAGAGCCCAGAGGUUUCUUCUCAUCCCCUUGCUCAUCAGGCUACAAGGGAAGCUUGAAUUGCUCUUGGGUGCUCAGAAUGUCCCCCAGAGGCAUGGCAAAGCUCACAGUAAAGCAUCUGUCAAUACCAGCCUCCCAGAACUGCCAAGUGGAGCUCCUAGGGAUAUAUGAAGAGGGCCAAAGAGGAAGAAAAGUAGUAGCUGAACUAUGUGGUGUCCUGCAGUCGCCUAUGACCUUUCUGAGUCCUGGCCCUGUGGUGAAAGUGGUGUUCCAUUCUCUGACCCUUGCUGCCUUUGGCAUUGAGUAUAUGGUCUUCAGAGUCCAAGGGCCAAAGAUUGGAAAGGCAGUGAAACGCCCCAAGGAUGUGGACCAAGAAUUGUUACGCUGUAGGGAUGUCAUUCUCACAGACCUGGAAGGAUUGAUCCAGUCACCAGGAUAUCCCCAUGGCUAUCCUAACACCACCAGCUGCCACUGGCGAAUUGUAGCCCCGUUAAAAUCCAUCAUUCGGCUUGAUUUCCUGGCCUUCUGGACUGAAAAGACUCUGUCUGAUUGCCAUGGACAACUGAUGGUGUAUGAAGGAUUUGGGCCAAGCAAGGAGUUGAUAGGUAACUUCUGUGGGGAAAUUUCACUCUAUCCUUUAAAGUCUGAUGGUCCAGUGGUGAUGCUGACCUUCACAUCCAGUGCUGAAGUGGCUACAGAAGGGUUUGUUCUGACCUACUCUUUCCAUGAUCUACAACCUGGUUCUGCUUUAGGAAAAUUGAAAGCUGCUGAAAAAGGGUGUCCAAUCUUGGAUCUAAUUCCAGUUGGAUCAGCUGAGAUAACAUCUCCUAAUUACCCCAACACUUAUCCCAACAUGCUGAACUGCACUUGGACAGUUUAUUCCACUUCAGGAAAUAGAUUGAAAGCUGUGAUCAGAGACUUGGUAACAGAAAACGCAAGAGACUGCAUUUGGGACUCUUUGAACAUCUAUGAUGGUCCAAAUAACUCUUCAGGACUGCUCGCUAGUUUAUGUGGCCAAAAGAAGUCUCUUAGCCUGUUAUCAAGCAGCAGCUACCUGACUCUACAUUUCAAGACGGACAGGUCUGUGGGGAACAGAGGCUUUAAAAUUCUGUUUGAAGAGGUGAAUCGGUGGCCAGCACAGAAGAGUAGAAGUGGCAUAGAACUUGAAAGCAAAUGUCCACCUACUAAGUUAACAGCUUCUGAGGAAAACAAAUGUGGCAUUCCAGUGGUGGAUCCAUUCCCAGUGGACAAGUCUGAGAUGAAUGUGAAAGCAGCCGGAGAAGAGCCAGGCAAGCCAAGGGUGGUCGGUGGCAGACCAGCACCUCAAAUGUCCUGGCCCUGGCUGGUUAGUCUACAGUACAAGAAUGAGCACUUCUGCGGAGGCUCUCUGAUUGCUGAGAAGUGGGUCCUAACAGCUGGACACUGUAACUUCAGUGCUCAGACAGACAGGAUAGUUCUGGGGAAAACUUACUUGUUGCCAAACAUAAAAGGCAACAACCCUGUCCUUGUGAAAGCUGUGCACACACACUAUAACUUCAGUGGAUUUCCUUCUAGCAAUGAUCUCACUCUCUUGGAACUGGAGAAACCCAUCAAACUAGGAGACUCUAUAGCAAUAAUUUGCUUACCAGAUAGAGAUGAGGAAAUAAGCAUUGAUGCAAGAUGCUUAACAGCAGGAUGGGGAGCAACAGAAUCGGGCAAGGAUGAAUACUCCAUCAGGCUGCAGCAGACAAAUAUACCUCUCCUCUCCAAUGAGGCCUGUGUGAGCUUCUGGGGACAGGAUAUUAAAAAUACCAACAUUUGUGGUGGAGCUGCUGGAGCAACUGCUUGCUCGGGAGAUUCUGGAGGGCCACUGAUAUGCAUGAAAAAUGGGUAUUAUAAGCUGAUCGGCAUUGUGAGCUGGGGCAGUGAUGAUUGCCAUCCAGCGUCACCAAUGGUUUAUACCAGAAUUUCUGCCUACAGGGACUGGAUUUCUUCAGUCACUAAUGGAAAAGUGUGAUUGCUGAACUGAACUUUUAAUUCUCCCUUUUUAAAUGGGGAGGAAUGUGUGAAUUAUGCAUGGUAAAAAUACCCAAGAAAUAUGGCAGCAUCUGUCACAUACCCUGAUUUUUCUUUAAACAUCUGAAGUGACUGUACUAAUGCUCAAUCUCAGCUGUCUUCUUCGAAUGGCAAAUCCAACACACUGGCAACUCUAGCACAAAAAAUCUGUUUCCCAAUAGGUGUAUGUACAUGAAUACACAUCUCUCCGUACCUGGUUAGCAUUGCCAUUAUUAGGGCCAAAUUCUCUGCUGGUCUAAAUUAGUGCAGUUCUUCUGAAGUCAAUAGUGCUGAGUUAAUGUACAAACGUGUGUGUUUUUAAAUAUAUAUAUUUAGCUUGGCAAUGUUCAGCUGCUGUGCCCUUGACCACUGACAGAACUUUUAGAUCCACUAUUCCCAAAAGCAUAGUACAGACCAGCUGGUCAGAUUCAGUUCAGGAUCGCCACUGUACUUAAUACACUGCACUUGGAUAUUCUUGUUGAAACCAAGUGCCUUGUCUGGUAGAAGUAAAAGGGGAGAUAAUGAAGAAACACCUUGACUAGCUGUUACAGGUUAAAGGUGCCAAGAAAAGGAGGGAAAAGCACAGACAUGUAAGCUGAGUGACCAUGUCCCUUCCCAGUCUUUAUUAUUCAUGGGAAGAUGAUGUAAAUGAAAACAUUGUAGAAGGUAACCGUCAACCACCCAAUGAGGAACCGGAAUUAGAACAAGAGUGUGGUGUAUCUCCCACUGCUACUGGUCUUGUCCCCCAUGACCUCCCAUUUCAGUGGCCAUUCUGGGCAUGCUGGGUGGUGCAUGGUUGGUCUGGCAAUUGGAGGAAAUGUAACAGGAUGUGAGGUGCAGCUCUAUGGCUGUUUUUAAAAUUCUUCAAGGUGUAAGGGGAUGGGGUGGAGCUGUCCAAUUUACCAGGGAGUUUAUUGCUCCUCUCACACACCCUUUAUAUAGGGGAGGGGUCCAGGGUGACAAAGAAUUACCUUGGCAGGAAAGGAUCUGUGAAGGAAGAGGAUCCUGAGAUUUAAAAAAAAAAAAAAAAAAAAAAAAAAGCUACCCCUUUCCCCUAUUCUCUGUGUUAAAGGUGGGGAUGACUAGUUGGAAGAAAUUACUGCAGCUAGAUGGCAUCAAGACGCUUCAUUUAGCUAACAGGCUUUUGUUUCUUGCUUUGUUAGUUUUAGAUGAAGUUAAAUAGAUUCAUGAACUCCUGUUCUUGCAUCAAACUUACAUCUUCAGAGUUUUUUCUGUGUAUGCUUCUUGUCUCUGACAGCACUGUGUGGGGUCAUGAAGAUGCACUAAGUGCUCAUCCUGUCAGAUGCUUCCAGCCAUGCCAUACAUCCAGCCCUCCCACUGCACUAAAAAUAAGUAUUAAAAACUACUACAGCUGCAAAGAGUGGCGUGGGAGUAAGACACACCUAGGCCUUUGUCCGACUGCUAUCUGUACUGCCAAGGCCGAACAGUUAAAAAAACAUGAGUCAGACCCUCUCAAAAUUAUGAGAUUAGCUUAAAAAAAACAAUACAUUUAGGGCUAUUUAUUUACCUUGUGGUUUUUAGGAUUCAUGUUUUUAGCCCUUGUAGUUAGGGAGAAAAGAUCGGGGGAAAAUUUCCGCAACAAAAGCUGAGAUUCUCAGUCACAUGACUCUGGGGCAUUAAGAAAAACACCAAAUAGGAGACUCUCUCUAAAAUUAUGAGUAGACCAUAUUGUGUGCUCAGACAUACUAGAAGUCACCUGUCUGUAGAGGCAGCUGCCAUUUUUGGGACAAAAGGUGAGACAAUGUGUUAUGGAAGAAAAAUGCCCUGUUCACAUGCUCUCCUAGAGAUUUGACUCUUCUGUUCUGAUUUCUUGUUUUCCCUUCACCUACAAUUAAAGUAAUUUAGACAAAUUA